AUGCAUCUAUCAACUACAGUGACAAGCUGCGAUGCCAUUAUCGUACAUAGCAACCCCACCAACCCCACCAUGCUCCCCUCGGCGUCUAAAUCUAGACAGCUUCCUUUGACAGCUUUCUCUCUCUGCUUCUCUCUCGCCUUCAACAGCGCUUCAUAUCCUCCGAACGUUACCAACCGUCUUCGCUCCCUCGGCUGCCCUGGUCUUCCAACGUCAUGCAAGCUAGGGGGUCCCGUUCACGACGAUUGGCCAGUUUGCGUUCAUCUCGCAUCCCACGCUGUCAUGGAGCGCUGCGUCUGCUGGCGGCUGCUCGAACUCGUCCGCGUUGACGAGGCGCUGGCGCCGUGUAAUAGGCACCGGCUCUACACACACACACCAACCCACCGAACCGUCAGCAUUCAUAAUCCUGCGACCACACUGAUCAGAGCCAGAGAGGCAAAGAGGCAAAAGCUUACCCGCCAUUUGAGGUGGUGGUACCGGACGGUGCGGAUCGUUGAGACAUCUUGUACGAGGAUGAAUGUUCGCGAUAGUAUCUACGAGAUGCCUCAGAUCGCAGCACGGAACAGCUUCAAUACAUAUAGGGAACCUGAGGAUGCCAUUUCAACCGUCGACCUGCACGGUUGGCCAGCAGCAAUUGAUAAAUCGUGGGGAAGGGGAAAGAACACCUCGCGCAUCAUCUGCGCGACGCUGCGCAAUCCUUCAGUCUCGCAUACUACCAUCUUUGAGUCGUGUCCAAAGGAGCGAAAGGAUAUUUUCGGUCACCAUGAUCGUCAUCAUUGGCUACACCUGCAUACGAUUGCCUAG